AAAUUUAUUCUGAUGAGCAUGGAAAAUUGGAAAUUAAUUUUUCUAUUUUCACUUUCAAUUUAUACACAAUAAAAUUUAUAAUAUUUAUUUAACAUUUCCUUAAAAAUAUAUAUUAGCCAAUAUUUUUUAAUUUGCUAAUACUACUUCGACGCACGCGCAGUAGUUACAUCGCCCGAAAUUUCCCAGCGCCAUAUUGAGAGAGGCGGACGUUGAUGACUUGAGUGAAUAAAGUCGUGGUUAGUGCAAUAAUUCGUAGUGAAAAUUCGAUCGUGCCCUAUGGAUAUAUACUUGGGAGUGGUGUGCCUCGGUUGAUAGGCCUGCCGAAAGGACAGGGCUUCGCGCACGAGGACGGCUUGCAGCCCUCUGCCCUGAAGAAACAUGGAGUGCUGCAUGUCAGAAGAAGCCAAAGAACAGAAAAGAAUCAAUCAAGAAAUAGAGCGGCAACUCCGAAAGGACAAACGCGAUGCCAGAAGAGAACUCAAGUUACUUUUACUUGGUACCGGCGAGUCGGGCAAAUCAACAUUCAUCAAGCAGAUGAGAAUCAUCCACGGCUCCGGCUACAGCGACGAGGACAAACGCAGCUUCAUCAAGCUGGUCUACCAGAACAUCUUCAUGGCGAUGCAGAGUAUGAUACGCGCCAUGGAUCUACUUAAAAUACAGUACGCGAGUCCGUCCGGUUCAGAACAGGCGGAGUUGAUAACAUCAAUCGACUUUGAGAGCGUGACAACGUUCGAGAGCCCCUACGUGGAGGCCAUCAAGGCGCUGUGGGCCGACUCCGGCAUACAGGAGUGCUACGAUCGCAGGCGGGAGUACCAGCUCACCGACUCGGCCAAAUAUUAUUUAAGCGAUCUGGAGAGAAUCGAGAAGGCGGACUAUUUACCCACCGAGCAGGACAUUCUCCGAGCUCGACAGCCUACCACGGGUAUACUAGAAUAUCCCUUCGAUCUAGACGGCAUUGUGUUUAGGAUGGUGGACGUCGGCGGGCAAAGAUCCGAAAGAAGGAAGUGGAUUCACUGUUUCGAAAACGUCACAUCUAUCAUAUUCUUAGUAGCACUUAGUGAAUAUGAUCAAAUUUUAUUCGAAUCCGAAAAUGAGAAUCGAAUGGAGGAGUCGAAAGCGCUGUUCAAAACCAUCAUUACGUACCCGUGGUUCCAACACUCGUCGGUAAUUCUGUUCCUUAACAAGAAGGAUCUGCUUGAGGAGAAGAUUAUGUACUCUCAUCUCGUCGACUACUUCCCCGAGUACGAUGGUCCGCAACGCGACGCCAGCGCCGCGCGCGAGUUCAUACUGCGGAUGUUCGUCGACCUCAACCCCGACGCCGAGAAGAUCAUCUACUCGCACUUCACCUGUGCGACAGACACGGAGAACAUUCGGUUCGUGUUCGCGGCGGUGAAGGACACGAUCCUCCAGUCCAACCUCAAGGAGUACAACCUCGUGUAAGCGCCGCGCCGUGUGUCGCGCCCGACAUGUGUAAAUUCACGAACUGAGAUCGGAUGGACGAACUCGUUCAUCACCAAAUGAUUUAUGAGAAAAGUAAGGUUAGAUUGUAAGUCAUUUAUCCAAAACUAGCACCAGUUCGGACGGCGCUCGUUCUCGAUUCCGAACCGAUCGCCGCGCGGAUGCGAUCGAGAAUUUUUGACAUGUUUUUUUAUGAUGAAAGUUAUUCACGACUUAUGUAUGUGUCUGUAUCGGUGAAUAUUAAAUCGUGCAUUUUUAAAGUCGCGGCGGGUGUCGACCCCGGCGCGAGCUGCUUUUAGUCAUUGUUUUAGGAUUUUUGUAAAGUUUGUUGCCAUAAUCUUUCUACAUUAGUAUACAUUUAUGUCCGAACGGAUUCGAACAAACUAGUCCACUGCACUCGAGCGAGUCGGGAUAGUAGUCUCGCGAGCUGCGGCGCCGGCGCGCGCCGAGGACCGGGCGAGGCGCUCGCUCGCCGUGUGACGUCACACUCCCAAGUGCGACCGUGUCGGACGUCGUAACACCACACGUGUGUGCAUGUGGCGCCGCUCGCUCGCUCGCGGGUGACGUCGCAUGCCGCGACACCGCGUGUGACGUCGGCGGCCGGGACGUCCGAGCGACCGCCUCUCUACGAUUGCUUCUAUUUGAUCGUUUUGUUUUGUUUAAACGAAGAAAUAUGGUGUAUUUAAUAACGGUUGCGUUAAUUUUGUACAUUACAAUUUUGUUACUUGAUACAUGUUAUAUGUUAUUAUUUAAGCUGUUUAUAUUUUUAAAGUGGUGUUUUUCUAUAAGAAUUGACUUCGCGCAAACUGUUUUGUGAGUUAACUGUGGGCAUCUCUGUACCCAGUCUGGUGUAUUUGGUUUCUUCCUAAUGUUAAUCAUAUAUGAAAUUCCAUUCUACUAGCCGUAUGUCAGUAUAGGAAGUUACUACGUUAGUUGUGUAAGGAUAUUUUUGAAGCAUUUGAUAUAAACUUUUUUUACUAGUGAAACCCAAGUAUAAUACAAUAAGGCGAUUUGUGAAUUGUAAAAAUCGACGCCGACGGUUUUGUGAACGGAAAGAUUUUACCACAGGAAUGUAAUAUAUUGUACAUUUGGGUCUAAAUGUGCUGAGUGAAUUGAGCGGACAGUUCAAUGCCAAGUUUUGCUAUUGGCAUUUGGCAUCAUUGAGGUGUAACUGAAGCACAAAUAUUAUAUCAAUUUCUAUUAUUUGUUUUCUAUAUUUUAGAUAAUUUUAUGAUGCUAUGCUAUUGUGUGUUGCUUUGUUUUUUUAUUUAGUAAUUUUAUUUGUAUGAUAAGAAACAAAGUUUCUAUAAUAAAAGAUUAUAAAUAACUUAUUGUAUUAACUUAUUCGUUGUUGUGAAUCGAGUUCUCUACGUGUCGUUUCGGUCGGGCGGUUUCGAUUUCUUUAGGCGUACUGACACUGUCAAUAGCAAAACUACAUGCUCCAAUAUACAGCUGUCUGAAAUGCUCAAAAUUUGUGAAAUUGAAACUUAGCGCACAAAUAUUGGAAUAUUUUAUCGAUGUAAUCCAUUAAUCGCAAUCUCUAUGUAAGUCCUGUACAUAGUCUGCCCCGCGACGCGCCGCGCCUCUGCACGCGCCAUCCCAACGUACGACAUAAUAUAGUUGUAAAAGAAUCGAAUGUACCUGGGACUCCUAUAUCACUAAAAUUUUAUCAAUAUUAUAAACGGUCUCAACUAACGUAGACGAUUUUAAAUGAAUUAAUUUAAGCUCAUUAUAUUUAUGGGAUACAAAUACAGUUCACUAUUAAUAGAUAAUGUAAAGUAUACGCUAGUAAACUCUGACUGAAUCGAUCGCAUCGCGGGACGCGGUGGCUAGGGCGCGAGCGCUCGCGGUUGGCUCGCGCGGCGCUCGGCCCGCGCACCGCGCCCCGCCCACUGAGUACCUAGUGCGUGUACAGAGCCACGAUAUAUUAUCCAAAUGCAUUUACAUUGUAUUUAUUUAAGCCUAUAUAGUUCGAGUCUAUGUUCGAGAAUAUACGUUUAUUUUGUAUUCUUUUACACGUAGGACCUACCUCAGACGAUUUAAUACAGAGUUAUAAUAUUCAUUCCGAAAUGCUUUGAAGUUAGGGGUUUCUUAGGAAGAUAGCGUCGAUAUACUAUAUAAACGAACGAAACUGCCAGAACUGCCAAUCUUUUUUUUACAUCUUUUUUUACACGGGCUCCAUUUUUGGUUUUGUAUCUUUUUAACCAAAUUGUAGCUAGUCUUUAUAAAUAUGUAUUUAUAUUUGCAGAAAUCCGACACACAAUCACAUGCCAGUGUACUCGAAAGCUAGUUACAAUAAUUAUUGUACGCACAUUGCCUGUUGCAAAACAUACUUUUAGUAUGCUUCUUGGCGCAAUGUUGUUAUAAUAGUGGACAAAUAAAAAUAACUAAAUGAAUCUAGCAAAGUCUGCACAAACUGAAAUGCAAAAAAAAUUGUAGCAGGCAAUCUCAGGCAAUACUGUAAGGUUAGCUCGAAAUUCAAAAUGGACCAAACCGGAUAAGACGUUUUUAUUUGAGUUUCAAUCGAUGAUUCGCAAUAUCUGCUACGAGAUAGGUGGUUUUCUAGCGAGUGACGACUCGAUCGCAUUAGUCUCCUCUCGAUAUAAUAUGUUCCUAACGAAGUCGAACUCCUGAGCGAUUGAACGUAAACGAUUGUGGGAAUCCAGGCAAUCGAACUUUAAUUGCGACGCGACGUCCAAUUUCGUUGGGAGUGGGGGGCGCUAGGUCGAGGGGUGAGGAGCGGCUCUGUACGCACACGACGGGCGCGCGUGCAGCGGCGCACCGACGCGCCAUCUUCCUUUCAGAUGGACUGAGUUUCGUGUACCGGUGUGAUUCUUACCCGAGUAUUUUUUAUUGAGCGACACAAAUAUUGCUAACUAUAUUAUAGUCUAAAGUUGCUUUACCUUUUGCGUGAGAUUGUGAAUUUUAGCUUAAGUUUCGACUGAAGAUGGAUGCCUGUAUGUAAUAUUGUAAAUUAUAAUUUCUCAUAAAAUAUAAUUUUUUUCAGCUA